ACUCGUAACAGGCUAGCCUUGGCCCAGAGUCCAUGUAGUCGCGCUCUAUUGUAAAUUCUAGUUCCGUAAAUAAUCGCAGAGCUCCGUUUCCAAGCACAGGAAAAAAGUUAUCGUAUCAUUUUUUCAGUGACAUUCAGUCAGAUAUUCAAUAUUUGUUGUAAAUGGCAUCGAUUUCUCCUUCUUCAAGCAAUUCAACCUCCACGCCAAGUGUUACUGAUCGGACGAAGCAACUGAGGCUCCACGAAGUCGCCUUAGCCGAGCUCAACAACCAACCUUCUUCCAGAGCUGUGUAUAGGAAGAAUGGGAACUUAUUUUUUCGCACAACCAUCCAAACAGCAACAGCAAUGGAACAGAAAGAACUUGAGUCAGCCAAAUCGAAGCUAAAAGGUCUGGAUUCUUCUUCGUAGUCAUGAAUUAGAAAUCUUGUUGGUUGGGUGCAAUGAGGCAGUUGCAAUUGGAAACUUAAUUAUUAAGAGCUGCAAUGUGUUAGAUUUUCACUCCAAUGAUAUUGUUAGAGUUUUGUACAAAACAAACAUUAUGUUGAUAUACCAAGACACUUCCAGUUUAUAUACAUUUUGGUGUUGUCCUUUAAACUUUA